CUAAGUGAAUUCAUCCUGAACGGUGAGGGCAAACUGGUUGCCAGCCUCCGUGGGUGGAAGAGGACCAAUGAAGUCCAUGGCCACCCUCUGGAAUGGUCUCUCAGCUGGUGGUAUCUGUAUGGUUGGUCUCUUAUUUGCCUUCAGGUUGCGUUUGCUCUGACAUGCAGCACACGCCUCAAUGUGCUUCCGAAAGCUCUCGUACAUGCCUGGCCAGUAAAACUCUCUCGCCAUCCUCUUGUAGCCUCUCUCUAUCGCCAGGUGACCAGCCAACAGAUGCUCGUGGUGCAGUUUCAUGGCUUCUUCUCGCAGGGAUGUGGGAACGAGUAACACGGGCCCAUACUCUUGAUGCUUCGACAUCACUCUCACCAGCCCGUCGAGUAGGCAAGCGUCGUAAAGCUUCGACCAAUAUGCCUUGGGAACGGCAUCAUGCAGCUGAUCGAGCUCUUCUUUGCUUGCGUUGUUGUCUUUUGCUGUCAGGAAGGCUUUCACUCGUGAGACAUCAGCACAUCGAUCCUGGGCUUCGAUGAUCUGAUCGACGUGGAAUGGCUUGCUGUCAUCCAUGGCCUCCAGAUUGAUGGUGCCCAACUGGUACGUAUCUGCAUCGCUCGAGACAGGAACACAUUCAUUGUUCUCCUGUCCGCAGGGUCUCGAGAGCGCAUCCACAUCGGUGUGUCUCUUUCCAGGUCGAUAACGAAAGACGAAGUCAUAGUCUUGUAACAUGAGAGACCACCGCUGCAGCUUGCGAUUGCCGUCCUGGGCGAAUUUCAACGCUCUCAAAGCUUGGUGGUCAGAAACAAGCUCGAAUCGUUGCCCAAACAGGUACGGGCGAAAAUGACGGACCGCGUAGUAGAUGGCAUGUGCUUCUCUCUCUGUCGCUGACCACUUGCGCUCAGAUAUACCCAGGAUGGCACUUGCGUAAUGGAUCGGCCUCUCCUGUCCCUUGCCGUCUCGUUGACAAAGGAUCGCCCCAACUGCGUAUCCACUCGCGUCCGUCUUGAGAAUGAACGGCUUUUUGAAGUCGGGCAAAGCUAAGAUAGGAGCUUCAAGCAUCUUCUUCUUGAGGGUCAGCAGAGCGUUCCGCUCGGCGUCUCUCCACACAAAUGGGUAUUCUUUCUUUGUCAGGUCGGUGAGGGGUCUUGCUAAGUCGGCGUAGCUCGGCACGAAUCGCUUGUAGUAUUGGAAAAGGCCCAAGAUGCUCCUUACUUCCUUCUUGUCCGUCGGCUCAGGCAUGCUGAUCAUCUUCUCCACUUUCUUGGGAUCGGCUUGAAGGCCUUUCUCGGAGACAAGGAAGCCGAGAAUGGAAAUUUUGCGCGCAAAGAAGGUGCACUUGCUUGGCUUCACCUUAAUGUUUGCGGCCUGGAGAAGCCGGAACACGUCGAGUAUGUGUCCACAAUGCUCCUCGAAGGUACGCGAGAAGAUGACAAUGUCAUCUACGUACACAAAUGCACUCGUCCACAGUGCCUGCGCUAGCGCUUUAUCCAUGACUCGUUGGAAUGUCGCUACGCUGUUGCAGAGGCCCAUCGGCAUGCGAGCCCACUGCUUCUGUGUCUGUCCAUCGAUUGAAAAUGCUGUCUUGUGUCGGUCGUCG